AUGGAGAUGCUCAAAUCGCCUGAUCAAUCUCACUUCGUUUCUUAUGACGCUUCUUCUUCAACACCUUAUCUCGAUAACUUCUAUGUUUUCAAGGAAGAAGCUGAGGUUGAAGAAGCUGCUUCAAUGGCGGAUUCAGCAACAGACGCCAUGUUUUUCGACUCUGAAACUCGUUCUCAGUCUCAUAUUCCCAAACUCGAAGAUUUCCUCGGCGAUUCUUCUUCCUCUUUCGUCCGUUACUCCGAUAAUCUAACCGACACAACACAGGACUCUCCUCCUCUGACACAUUUCUACGAUCCACGUGACCAUACUGGAGCUGAAGUUGCAAGUUUCUUCUCCGAUCAUCACCACGAUUUGAAGACGGUCGCUUGUUUCCAGACGAACUCUGCCUCAGAACUCGCCGAUGACUCGGCCUCCGUCGGACGGACUCAUCUCUCGAACGGCAGCGAGCUUCUCGGCGGCCAGGUUAUGGAGUCAUCCACGACGGCGGAGCUAGGUUUUAACGGUGGUUGCACCGAAGGAGAAGCUUUGUCUCUAGCGGUUAACGACACGGUUGGUCCUUUAAGCUGCGAUAAUGGCGGCGAGAGUGGCGAGAAGAGUAAAAAGACGGUUUCUAAGAAGGUAACAGCGGCUACGGCGGUGGAAUCAUCGGACGAUUCGAAGAAGAAGAUCGCUGAGACAUUUGGUCAACGAACUUCGAUUUAUCGAGGAGUCACCAGACAUAGAUGGACGGGAAGAUACGAAGCGCAUCUAUGGGAUAAUAGCUGUAGGAGAGAAGGUCAAGCCAGAAAAGGACGUCAAGGUGGAUAUGACAAAGAAGAUAGAGCAGCUAGAGCUUAUGACUUGGCAGCUAUAAAAUACUGGGGUCCUACUGCUACUACAAACUUUCCGAGCUCGAGUUAUUUACAAGAAGUGGAGGAGAUGAAUCAUAUGACCAAGCAAGAGUUCAUUGCAUCUCUUAGGAGGAAGAGUAGCGGUUUCUCGAGAGGAGCUUCAAUGUAUAGAGGUGUAACAAGGCAUCAUCAACAAGGUCGUUGGCAAGCAAGAAUCGGUCGUGUCGCAGGGAACAAAGAUCUUUACCUCGGAACAUUUGCUACGGAAGAGGAAGCUGCAGAGGCUUACGACAUUGCAGCCAUAAAGUUCAGAGGAAUCAACGCAGUGACCAACUUUGAGAUGAACCGUUACGACGUGGAAGCCAUCAUGAAUAGUUCUUUCCCCGUUGGAGCUGCUGCUGCUGCUAAACGCCACAGGCUCUCUCUUGAAUCUCCUCCUCAAUCUUCUUCUUCUUCCGACCAUAACUUCCAACAGCAGCAGCAGCAGUUGCUUCCUUCUUCUUCUUCCUCGGAUCUCUCUAUCCCAUGUGGAAUUCCAUACGAGCCUUCACUUCUCUACCAUCACCAGAACUUCUUCCCGUAUUAUCCUUUGGCCUCUGACUCCACAGUCCAAGCUGAGUACUUUUUGUGGCCUAACCAGUCUUACUGA